AUGUCCAACGACCUACCGUCGCCGGUCAACGAUAGAACCAACUACACAACCUGGAAGACUCCGUGCAUGCAAAGUCGUCAAGACGCCGAGUACGAUGCCAACCUGCUGGAGCUGCAGAGAGAGUAUAAAGAGAAAUUUCUCGAAGAUUUGGACAGAAAUUAUGUGAAAUUGUACGAUAACAUGGGGAAGCAGAGGCUAGAGGAAUAUAUCCUUCUCGACCUGCAACUGAAUUCCAAUUCAACGAGAAUCAUUAAACUACCAGUUUUUAACCCAGUGGUUAACGUCGCAAAUCGUGAGGUGUUCAUCAGAUUCCUUGUGAAGGCAUUCACACAUUUGGCCAAGUCGGCAAUUAUGCUCGAACAAGCCAAGGGAGACGAGACGCAAGCGGAUCAAGAGCCUGAAAACUACAAAGAUGACUUCGUGACAAUUUUAACAGACUCGGAAAUGGGCGUCUACUGGUUACUGUGCUACGUGAAUGUGAUUCUGGAAAACCUCGACCAUCCGUUAAAUAGAAACAUGACAGAGGAAGUAUACAAAGUACUACCAAAAUUAUUCCUUCUUUGGGAUCAGAGACUGAGAGACAUCAGAUCGUACAAAGUGUUAAGAGACACAUCUGACAUAUUGGAAUUGCUUAUUAGUACUUUAAAGCAACUCGUUGAUCACGUGCCAACGGGGACAACGCGUGGCACCACCACAAGGGUAGAAUUAACAAACCAUCAAAACAGCAGAGGCAAUGAAUUUUUUAGCGUCAAACGAAAUAUUCAACACGGCACGAAACAAUUACUAACGCGGAUAAAAGUGUCAGUGACGAAAAUUUGCCAUGUUCAGCCUAAGGAUGGGUCCCUGAACCUGAGGGCCUGUUCACGAACUCUCCUUUCAUACUCAGCCCUGUUCUGA